AUGCUUGCUAAACGAUAUCAGGCCUUUGCGUCUGGUGGCGCACAGAAAGAAGACGCUCGGCUUGCAAAAGAAGCAGAAAAACUAGCACUGCAAGAAAACCUACGGAAAUUGGAUAAGGAAGCUUUCACGGAUUUAUUUGGGGAUGAAAGCUCAAAUAAUCCUCUUACAAUUGAUAAGGAAGAAAAAUCAGAAAUGAUAUCGGAUGAGAGCGGUGGUAUUAGGAGGAAGUAUACCCAAUUCUACUCAAACUCCCUUCCUGUUAUCAAAAAUACCAGUGGCAGGAAGUCGUCUAACUUACUUGAUUAA